AUGAAGCCUGCAGUAGUUAUUGUACCCGGCAACUUCAGUCUCCCUCGCUUUUGGAGCACCAUCCAGCAAUCAGUCAAAGACAAGGGAUACCCUGUCGAAGUUGUUCGUCUGAAGUCGUCGAGAGAAGAAACUAUUGAUCCAGCACCUGGAUUGGCUGACGACGUGAAAGAAGCAUCAUCAGUCCUCCACAAGCAUAUAGAUCACGGAAAGGGUGUUGUGCUGCUUAUGCAUUCGUAUGGAGGCAUGGUUGGAACCGAGGCUACUCGUGGCCUGGCUCGCGUUGACCGCGAAAAAUCUGGUUUAAAAGGCGGGAUCACUCAUCUGGUCUUCCUGGCUUCCAUCUUUGCGCCGCCGGGCAAAAGCACAAGGGGGCUAUAUGAGGCAAAUCCGGGUCGCUAUCCCCGCCGCGAGGCAAGUUGA